GAGAAAUGAUAGAAGAGCCAGCUCAAAUAAACUUAUCUGAUCUCAAAAAGGUUGAUUUAUCACAAAAGAUUUCAGGUUGGGUUAGUAAUAAUCUAAAACUUCUUAUUCACAAGUUUGGUCUUAAAGAUAAAGUUAUGAAAUUUGAUAAAAAUUUUGCCAAAAAACAUAUAUUAGAGACUUUUCUAUUAGCAAAUUCUGAAAACUUUAUUUUAAAGAAAGGAGUUGUGAAGCAAUUAGGUGGUAAAGAAGUAGUACUAUUAUCUUAA